UUAGAAUGUUUGUCAUUAAGUCGUGAAAGUGCCAUGUACAGUUUCAUAACUUCUUGAGAUUUUAGCCAUGUAUGGGGUCUUCGUCAUAAAUUUGCCGAUGUACAGUCCUACAUCGGACACCUUGUCCGAAGUUAAGAGGAAGAAGGAAAAACUAGAGGAGGGUUUUUCCCCGUAGUGUGAGUUCCUUUGAGAGUAAAUGUCAGAAGCGGAGUUGCUAAAGAGGAUUGCUGCAUCGUCUGCAAUAGUGAGUGUGGCGGUUCGAGGAUGGGAUGGGAUAUGAACACCUGGUAAAGCGUGGGGGCCAGAGUGCAACCCUGAAAAACUCUAACAUGAAUAAGGAAAUAUACAGAAAGGGGUUUGCCUUCAAUUACUCAGAAAAACCGAUUAAUGAGGUAACUGAGCACUAUCUGAUAUUAGAUAGAGGGAAGGAUGCCUCUUCCUAUGCAGUAAUAGUGCAAAUGAUGGUAACAAAAGUGUUAAUUAAAUAGACAUUUUAGUAUCAUUGGAGUACUGCCAAUGGGUAUUUUCUCCACAUAUUUUUAACUGUAUAUCCAUAUAUUUAUGUCAUUGUGACAUGUUACCAAAUUGAAAGAAGCUGUAUUGCAGAUUUUAAAAACAUUAGGUGUUAUUGUUUUGAGAACAAGGAUGUGUUCCUCUUUUAUUAAAUGAAAAGAUCCUUUGUGUUCGACUAUCACCGCAGUGAAGCGUAUGUUCACAUGAUGUCGUAUGUGUUGCAGCUCAUGUUGACUCGUCUAGACUCACUCGAUUACAAACUGUGCUUUGAAAUUAAUGGUGUGAACAUGUGUAAAUUAACUUGUAUUUAAUAAAACAUAUGGCAAAUCAAACAAACUUUACUUCAAUAUUUGUCGUGUAUUUCAUCAAUGAUGGGUGCAAUGUCAUUUUGUUUUACGAAACGUAUCUACCGCCAGACAAUGAAUGGUAUUGCGCGCGAAAUGAGUUCCGAGAGCGCCGGUGAGUUCCACCCUCUCAAAAACCCAAAAAUCCAUGCUCUGAAAAAGGGUACCGGGGGCAGGUCCAGUUUCAGUGGCAUGGUAGCGACAGUUUUCGGUGCUUCGGGCUUCCUCGGCCGCUACGUCUGCAACCGUCUCGGCAAAAUCGGCACCCAGUUGAUUAUCCCAUACGGCGGGACACACUACGAUGUACGGAGACUCAAGCUGGUCGGCGACCUGGGCCAGGUGCUCUUCCAGCCGUUCCAGCUCGAUGAUUACGACUCCAUCCUUAAGUGCGUCCAGUAUUCGAAUGUCGUCAUCAACCUGAUCGGCCGCGACUGGGAGACGAAAAACUUCAGCUACGAUGAUGUCCACGUCCAAGGUGCACGCUGUAUCGCCGAAGCCUGCAAGGACGCCGGAGUGGAGACUUUCGUCCACGUCUCCGCGCUUAACGCAGCCGAAAAACUGAACGGCUACUUGAUCAAAGGUGGUUCGCAAUUCUUGCUCAGCAAAUGGGAAGGAGAAAAAGAAGUUAAGCAAGUUUUCCCGGAUGUCAUCAUUUUCCGUCCAGCUGAUAUUUACGGCCAAGAAGAUAGAUUCUUAAGGUAUUUUUGCGGAAAUUGGAGGCGUCAAUUGAAAUGGAUGCCGCUUUACAAGAAAGGAGAGGCGACGGAAAAGCAGCCUGUAUACGUGUGUGAUGUUGCGGCGGGGAUCGUCGCAGCGUGCCUUAACUGGAAAAGGGCGAAAGGAAACAUCUAUCAGGCCGUAGGUCCGAGCAGAUACCUUCUUUCUGAGCUCAUCGACUGGUUUUACCGUGUCACAAGAAAAAGCACUGAAUGGGGUUUCUGCCGUUACGAUAUCGAAAAAGAUCCUACGUUUAAACUGAAGGUGAACGGUAUGCAGUACCUAUCGUUCAAUUGGCCCAUCGGCAAUAUCUUAUGGGAUAAAAUCGAACGGGAAGCCUACAGCGAUGUUAUCGAUCCAAACUUGCCUACCCUCGAGGACCUGGGUGUCGUUCUGACACACAUGGAAAAUCAGGUGCCGUGGGAGUUAAAGCCGUACCGAGCGUAUGCAUAUUACAAUGAAGAGCUCGGAGAGUUCGAGGCGCCGGCCCCGCCGAAAAAAGUCAACGCAAUCGGCGUAACAGAGAAUCUUAAAGCAGAAGAGGCCGAAAACAGUGAAGAUAGCGACAGUGAUAAUAGCGACGAGGAGAAUGUCAGUGCGCUUACACGAACACAACGCAACAGUAAAAAAUGCAUCACACUUCAAGAAAGCAGAGAAAAAGCAAGUGUAAAGUCUGACAAUAAAGCCAAUAAAUUAUUGGACAGUAUAAAAAUAUUAGCUGCUCUCAAAGCAAACCUGCUUAAGGGUGCAAAGCUCGAAGCCGUUUACAAAGCAAUGCCGAAAGGUGCUGUUAAGAAAUUAUUCAGUCAAGUUAGAAAAAUGUUUAAAAAUAUUAAAAAAUCGAAGAAAAAAUAAAUAAAAAUUAAUUAC